UUCCUGUUCUUCUGUCUCUUCCUUUUAUAGAGAUAUUUCACACAAGCUGCAGCAGCUCGGCAGACCUGAAGCCGUGACGCUCUCAUUGACCAACCCGGAAGCGUCUGUUGCAGAAAUCUAGUGAGAGGGAGAGACAGCUGCUGCCUGACAGCCUGCACCCCCCUGACAGCUGCACCCCGGGGUCCUGAAUCCAGAUCCGCCGCACCUCCUCAUCUGGUGUAAAGGGGAUUCCGCAAACCACUUGAAGAGCCUCAUCUGCUGGUUGGGAUCCAAGAUAACAACUGCAACACUGGGAGUAGGUUUGGCUGGCUGGCAUGGGUAAUCUCAUUAAAGUGCUAACCAGAGACAUAGACCACAAUGCCGCACAUUUUUUCUUGGAUUUUGAAAAUGCUCAGCCUACAGAGGCCGAAAAGGAUAUUUAUAAUCAGGUGAAUGUAGUAUUAAAAGAUGCCGAAGGAAUCCUGGAUGAUUUACAGUCAUAUCGAGGAGCCGGCCUGGAGAUCCGAGAGGCAAUACAACAUGCUACUGAUGAGAAGUUACAGGAGAAGGCGUGGGGAGCAGUCGUCCCUCUGGUCGGCAAACUAAAGAAAUUCUAUGAAUUCUCUCAGAGACUAGAGGCAGCAUUGCGUGGACUGUUAGGAGCAUUGACCAGCACCCCCUAUUCCCCAACACAGCACCUGGAGCGAGAGCAAGCUCUUGCCAAACAGUUCGCCGAAAUCCUUCACUUCACCCUCCGCUUUGAUGAGCUCAAGAUGACAAAUCCUGCCAUCCAGAACGACUUCAGUUAUUACAGAAGAACUCUAAGUCGCAUGAGGAUUAACAAUGUUCCAGCAGAGGGAGAAAACGAAGUAAAUAACGAGCUGGCCAAUAGAAUGUCAUUAUUCUACGCAGAGGCAACGCCCAUGCUGAAGACAUUAAGCGAUGCCACAACAAAGUUUGUAUCAGAGAACAAGAAUUUACCUAUAGAGAAUACCACUGAUUGUUUGAGUACCAUGGCCAGCGUAUGCCGAGUAAUGCUGGAAACUCCAGAGUACAAGAGUCGGUUUACAAACGAGGAGACAGUGUCCUUCUGCCUGAGAGUGAUGGUGGGAGUGAUCAUCCUCUACGACCAUGUCCAUCCUGUGGGAGCCUUCGCCAAAACAUCAAAGAUCGAUAUGAAAGGCUGCAUCAAGGUUCUCAAGGAACAGCCCCCCAACAGUGUAGAAGGUCUCCUUAACGCUCUCAGGUACACAACAAAACAUUUGAACGACGAAACUACCUCGAAGCAAAUCAAGGCAAUGCUGCAAUAACGGCGUUGAAACAUCUUCA